AUUAUCGACCUUGUGGAUAUUGAUGACGAUAAUGAUGGUAUUCCCGACCACUUAGAUGAUGAUGCUGAUGGAAAUGGGAUUCCAGAUGCCAAAGAGAAACGAGUAUUGCCAAAAGUUAUAAAAAAAGUAGCCCCGGUUGCCGGCAAGCCAACACGCCAGUCGGGCAAACAGGUCGGUUCCGUGGGAGAUAAGAAAAAGGAGGAGCCUGUUAAACCAACUUCCCGCCAAAGCACGACAACACCCGCUCUGCCAACAGCUGCAUCGAAGAAAGACAUCAAAAAGCCCACCUCUCUCAGCCCCUCCACCAAACUUAAGCCUCCCCCGACGAAAAACGAUGAGGACGACGACAAAUCUAAAGACGAAGAUGACAACGAUGAUGAUGAUGAGGAUGAUGAUGAUGAUGAUGAAAAUGAGGAGGCGACAAAGAAGACAAAAGAGAUAAACUUACAACAAGGAAAAUCGAGUAAAUCUCAACCUAAAGCAGCAACAGCAACGUCUAACGCAGCCAGAAAACAAGCUGAUGAGUCUAGUGAGGAUCAGGAAGACGGGGACAAUGAGGAUAAUGAAGAUGCUGAAGAAGAGGAAGAAGAAGAUGAAGAAGAGGAAAAUACUCCAUUUAGAAAGGCUCUAUUAACUGUGCUGAAGAGAUUAGAAGACUUUUUCGGAGUUGAAGAGCACGAGAAGGAAGAUGAGAAAGGAAGGCACUGA